UUUGUCCGGCCGCAGGUGUCCUGGGUGCGCCACCGGGACCUGCACAUCCUGACGGUGGGCUCGUACACGUACUCGAGCGACCAGCGCAUCAGCGCGUCGCGCGUCGGGCCCGCCGAGUGGCAGCUGGAGAUCCGCUGGGUGACCCACCGCGACACCGGCGUCUACGAGUGCCAGGUCAGCUCGCUGCCCAUCAUGGCGCUGCAGGUGCGCCUCGACGUCGUCGUUCCGACGGCCUCGAUCCUGGGCGGGCCGGACCUAUACGUGAACCGCGGCAGCUCCAUCAACCUGACGUGCAUCGUCGUCAACUCGCCAGAGCCACCGGCCUACAUAUUCUGGUACCACCGCGACCAGGUGAUCAGCUACGACUCCCCGCGUGGCGGCGUCAGCGUGGCCACGGACAAGGGCCCCGUCACGACGACGCGGCUGCUGGUGCAGCGCGCCAACGCGGCCGACGCCGGCAACUACUCGUGCCGGCCCAGCAACGCUCGCGCCGACACCAUCACCGUGCACGUGCUCGACGGAGAGCACCCGGAGGCGAUGCAGGCUGGGUCCACCCCCGCCGCCCCCGCGGCGCUGCUGCUGCCCUUUGCCGCCAUCACCAGCCGCCUCUUGGCUUCGCCGAACAAUGGCUUCCAGUGAGCGCUUGCCAGCACUAUUCCAAUGUAUCCUGGGACGCGGAGCCUGGAGGAGAGUGAAAGACCCGUUACUUAACAUCCACCGCCUCGACGUCUGAAGGUCUUGGCUUAGCAUUUGAGGGAACCAAGAACCAUCUCACCUCGACAUUGGCAGUCUCCCAUGUGGUUCUGAUCUGCUGCUGCUGAGCGUGACAUUGAAAGGACUGGUGAGCAGACAUAUCAAGACAACACUUUUGGUCAGGCAACUUUCGUCUGGAAACAGAAGGAGGAAGCGACGAGAUUUUCAUCUCUGAGAUGAGUUCGUGCACAGAGAGCUUUGUAUGUUGCUAUUGUAUAACGAUAGUAGUUGAGAAAAGGUACUACUGCUUCUUUUGAUCGUUUACAACUGUGUGGUCCAUGGUAAAAGCUUUAUCGCCAUUUACGUGUUAUUGUCCUAAAUUCCUGGACACUCAUUCUAUGUGUAUAUUAAAAAACCUUGUACAUGUGAAUAAAAAUGAUUUCAUAUCUUGUUGGACCUACGGAUAAUUAAA